AUGCACUACCCUCUGACACCGCCUGGUAUAGAGGUGCUGGAUGGCAGUGAGCACAGCCCCAGUGUUAUAUAUACUGGACCUAUGCACUACCCUCUGACACCGCCUGGUAUAGAGGUGCUGGAUGGCAGUGAGCACAGCCCCAGUGAUAUAUAUACUGGGCCUAUGCACUACCCUCUGACACCGCCUGGUAUAGAGGUGCUGGAUGGCAGUGAGCACAGCCCCAGUGAUAUAUAUACUGGACCUAUGCACUACCCUCUGACACCGCCUGGUAUAGAGGUGCUGGAUGGCAGUGAGCACAGCCCCAGUGAUAUAUAUACUGGGGCUAUGCACUACCCUCUGACACCGCCUGGUAUAGAGGUGCUGGAUGGCAGUGAGCACAGCCCCAGUGAUAUAUAUACUGGGCCUAUGCACUACCCUCUGACACCGCCUGGUAUAGAGGUGCUGGAUGGCAGUGAGCACAGCCCCAGUGAUAUAUAUACUGGACCUAUGCACUACCCUCUGACACCGCCUGGUAUAGAGGCGCUGGAUGGCAGUGAGCACAGCCCCAGUGAUAUAUAUACUGGACCUAUGCACUACCCUCUGACACCGCCUGGUAUAGAGGUGCUGGAUGGCAGUGAGCACAGCCCCAGUGAUAUAUAUACUGGACCUAUGCACUACCCUCUGACACCGCCUGUUAUAGAGGUGCUGGAUGGCAGUGAGCACAGCCCCAGUGAUAUAUAUACUGGACCUAUGCACUACCCUCUGACACCGCCUGGUAUAGAGGUGCUGGAUGGCAGUGAGCACAGCCCCAGUGAUAUAUAUACUGGACCUAUGCACUACCCUCUGACACUGCCUGGUAUAGAGGUGCUGGAUGGCAGUGAGCACAGCCCCAGUGAUAUAUAUACUGGACCUAUGCACUACCCUCUGGUGCUGUGUAAUGACAUCCUGGGUCUGAAGGUGGCAGGAGAUCCAGUGCUGACCCCUACCUCUGUCUGCCUGCGGCUGGCGGGCCUGAGCAAGCGUCAGAUGCGUCUGUGUGUUCGGAGCCCCGACGUGACGGCUUCAGCCCUGCAGGGCAUGCAGGUGGCCAUCCACGAGUGCCAGCACCAGCUCAGAGAUCAACGGUGGAACUGUUCAGCCCUGGAGAGCCUCAACAAGCUGCCCCACCAGAGCGCAAUCCUCAACAGGGGCUUCAGGGAGACUGCCUUCUCUCUGUCCCUGUUGGCAGCGGGUGUGGCACACUCCGUGGCUUCUGCCUGCAGCUUGGGCAAGCUCCGUGACUGCGGCUGCGAGGCCAAGCGUCGCCUGGACGAUGACAAGAUCCGUCUCAAACUCACCCAACUGCAGCUGCAGACCCUACAGAGAGGCGGGGCCAAAGCGGGCCUGGGAGGGGACGGGGGAGGAGGCCCCCCCGCCCCCCAGGAUUUCAGAGAUGUGCCAGCCAGCCAGCGUUCUGGUUCUACCCACCCCACCUCCCUCCUCAAUCCCCUGCCAGAGGACUUCAGCCCCCAGCAGGAAACCUGGGAGUGGGGGGGCUGUAGCCAUGACACCCGCUUCGGUGAGAGAUUCUCCAGGGAUUGGUUGGACUCCCGGGGGACUCCAAGGGAUAUCCACGCCCGCAUGAGGAUCCACAACAAUAGGGUGGGCCGACAGCUUGUGACUGACAAUAUGAAGCGGAGGUGUAAGUGCCACGGCACGUCAGGCAGCUGCCAGUUCAAGACCUGCUGGUACGUGUCUCCUGAGUUCAGGCUGCUGGGUUCUCUGCUGAGGGAUAAGUUCCUCACCGCCAUCUUCAUCAACUCCCAGAACAAGAACAGCGGGGUGUUCAACCCCCGGGUCGCAGCUGGCAAUGGAGCCUUGAAUGGGGUUAGGAACGGGGCCGGAGUAGGAUCCAGAUCUGGGUCUAGGGGCGUGGGUAGCCCAAACAAUGUGGGUCGGCGGAGGCCGAGUGUGUCACGGGAGCUGGUCUACUUUGAGAAGUCUCCAGACUUCUGUGAGCGGGAGCCGUCCCUGGACUCCUUGGGCACCCAGGGACGGAUCUGCAACAAGACCAGCCACAGCAUGGACAGCUGCGGGUCCCUGUGCUGCGGGAGAGGGCACAAUAUCCUGAAGCAGACACGUAGUGAGAGGUGCCACUGCCGCUUCCACUGGUGCUGCUACGUGCUCUGUGAGGAGUGUCGAGUCACUGAGUGGGUCAACGUCUGUAAGUAGACCAGUAGCCUCCUGUACACACAAACCCACACAACUAAACCUUUCAUUUGGUAUAUGGGUAGACGAGGCCCAUCCAGGACUCUUACUUACUUAAUCAUCUUAAUGCUUUGGGAUACAUGGGGCCACCACAAGAGAGAAAGAGUGCUACUAUUUCAAUGCAGCACUAGCAGCCAUCUUGGUAAGGGUUCCUGGUCAGACCACAGUCUUUGAUGUUCUUCUCAACUGUCCUCCAUGUUUCUCCUGGACAUUUUCAGGACACAGGAUGGCAAAAUCUAAAUCCACCCUUUAACUCUGUCCAAUGUACACACAUCCACCCAACCAAACCUUUCAUUUCAGUGUUUGUGUUUCUCUUUGCGUCUGUUAAGUCUCCCACAGAAUCGGUUUACCCCCCACUUCUUCUUCUUCUCCUCUUUUUUUUCUUCUUUCCGUCAUCUGGGAUCUAUUUUCCCUUUGUUGCCUGUUGUUAUUCUCAAAAUGCCAAGUCAAAGAUUGAGGAAGAGGUGACUCAUGUCAUUUGUCUUUCUUUCCUCUGCCUGUUUGGAUGCAGCCCUUUCAGCCAUGAUAAUCAGAAUGCCCUGGACCCCAUCUGCUGUUCUGUUCUGCGCUCCCCUGGUCUCUGUUCAGAAACAAAGAACACUCAAACAGCAGUAAGG